AUGUCUAACCAAAAGAAAAACGACGUAUCUUCAUUUGUUAAAGAUUCUUUAAUCGGUGGUACUGCCGGUGGUGUCUCAAAAACUAUUGUUGCACCAAUUGAACGUGUUAAAUUAUUAUUACAAGUUCAAUCUGCUUCAACUCAAAUUGCUGCUGAUAAACAAUACAAAGGUAUCGUCGAUUGUUUUGUUAGAGUUUCAAAAGAACAAGGUGUCAUCUCAUUAUGGAGAGGUAAUUUAGCCAAUGUUAUUAGAUAUUUCCCAACUCAAGCUCUUAACUUUGCCUUCAAAGAUAAAUACAAGAAAUUCUUCGUCAGACACACUGCUAAAGAAAACCCAACCAAAUUUUUCAUUGGUAAUUUAUUAUCUGGUGGUGCUGCUGGUGCAACCUCAUUACUCUUUGUUUACCCAUUAGAUUUUGCCCGUACUCGUUUAGCUGCUGAUGUUGGUACUGGUUCAGCUCGUCAAUUCACUGGUUUAGGUAACUGUAUCUCUUCAAUCUACAAGAGAGACGGUUUAAUCGGUUUAUACCGUGGUUUUGGUGUAUCUGUCGGAGGUAUCUUUGUCUACAGAGCUGCUUUCUUUGGUGGUUACGAUACUGCUAAAGGAAUUUUAUUAGGUGAAAACAACAAGAAAGCUUCAUUCUGGGCUUCAUGGGGUAUCGCACAAGUUGUCACUACCAUCGCUGGUGUAGUCAGCUACCCAUUCGAUACUGUUCGUAGAAGAAUGAUGAUGCAAGCCGGUCGUGCUGAUAUUCUUUAUUCAAGCACUUGGGAUUGUUGGGUAAAGAUUGCCACCCGUGAAGGUCCAACUGCCUUCUUCAAAGGUGCUUUAUCAAAUGCCAUCAGAGGUUCAGGUGGUGCUUUAGUUUUAGUUAUUUAUGAUGAAAUCCAAAAACUUAUGGGUUUUGAAGGUGGUGUUGGUUCUGAAUAA